AUGCCCACCCCGCAUGGAUUGACUCCGCCGCCCGCGCCCGCCCCCCAGGUCACCAAAUAUGUCGAGCGGGAGAUCCUCAACCACCGGGACCUGGUGCACCCCCACAUCGUGCAGUUCAAGGAGGUGAGGGGCGGCGGGGACGGGCAGCUGGCGGGCAGCUGGUCGGCAGCUGCGGGCGGGGGCCCGUGCGAUCUGGGGCGGGGCCCCUGCCAAGACCUGUGGGGGACGGUGGUGUUCCUGACCCCCCACUACCUGGCCAUCGCCAUGGAGUUUGCCAGCGGCGGCGACAUGUUUGAGUACGUGGUGCGCAAGAACGGCCUCAAGGAGGACGAGGCGCGGUGGUUCUUCCAGCAGCUCAUCGUGGGCCUCGACUACUGCCACAAGAUGGGUGUUGUGAACCGCGACAUCAAGCUGGAGAACACCCUGCUGGACAGCAGCCCGCGGCCACUGGUCAAGAUCUGCGACUUCGGGUACAGCAAGCAUGAGAAGUUCCAGUCAGCCCCGGGGUCGCGCGUGGGCACCCCGGCCUACCUGGCCCCAGAGGUGAUCCUCACAACGCGCGGCAAGACGUAUGACGGCAAGAUCGCAGACAUCUGGUGGGUGUGGAGGCGCGCGGUCUGGCCUGCGAUCUGGCGCGAGAUUUGA